UGGGCAUCAUACUCUUCUAAAAAUUCAACCAUUCAGCAGAACAGGUUUGGUGCCUAUAGUUAUAAUUUUAUUAUUCAUCAUCCGGAUCCAUAUUUAACUGAAUAUCACGAAUCCCAGUUUGAAUUUGACCAAAUCAUAUUGAGAUAGGAACUGACUCCCGAGUUAGUUGAUAGAUUAUUGUCUUACUAGUUACUUUUUUAAUAUAGAAUUGUUUCUGUGAUUAUGGUGUGUUUGUGGUCACAGUUCUCCUUUACUGGGAUUUACUGCCAUUACUUGUUCUCAACACACACCUUUCCUAAAAUCCUUGUUGUUUUCUCUAGAAUAUUGAGAAAACAGUUACUGGCUGCCAAGUAUGCAAAGACAGUAAAUAUACAAAGUCAUCGGAUAUCCCUGAGCCAGAAGAUACUACAGGGAAUUGAGAAAUACAAAGGACUUCAAUUGGUUGUUGAUGCUGCUGUAAAGAACCUUAAAGGAGUUGGAGGAGAUUUAGAAAAAGCAUCAGAAGAAAUGGCAAGGGGAAUUGCUGAUAAGCUUGAUCACAUACAUGUGAUUCAAAGCAUAUGUGCUUCAGCAGUAGCAGCCAUUGAUUUCAUGCUUUCAGGUGUAAAUUACAAUCAUAAUGAACUGAAGGAUCCACCAGUUUUCUGCAUCCAGUUUGAAGAAGUCUCGCCAACAUCCACAGUCAUCAUACUGAAGUACGAAAUUGGGAAGUUUGAGAACUUCCUAGGUUGUAGACUGUGGCAUCGGAAGUCCACUUUGGCAGACUAUCCUAAAAAUCCUACCUACAUGGAACUGCAGCCGCGGAAAAGAUUUCUGCUUUCCAAUCUUGAUCCAUCAACUGAGUACUUUUGCAAGGUCUCAAUCUUUAGCAUUACAGGGGAGGUAAAUGCAUGGGAAGCUAAUUGGAAAACACGACCAUUGUGGGGCAUAAGCAAUGAUGAUGAAUGCCCUCCAACUGCUCCACACAAAUCAGAUGGGAACCUUGAGAUUUCAAGUUUGGUUCCAAAGAAACAGUGGACUAAAAAAGACUAUGACUACUGCAUAGAGGUCAUAAGAUUGUUGGAAAACAAAGGCUAUAUAGAAAAGGACUUCAAGGUGAAGUUUCUCUCAUGGUUCAGCCAAAGGGCAACAAUGCAAGAGAAGAGGGUGGUAUACACAUUUGUGGAUGUUCUGAUUAAUGAUCUCCCAAGCUUGGCAGAUCAGCUUGUUGACACUUUCAUGGAUUUAAUCUCCACUGAGAAGUAG